AUGUCGGUGGAAAUUUUUGCCCUGGUUGGGUUGCUUUUGCUGAUCGCUGGAAUCUGCGCCUAUUUCUUCACUCGCAGCUCGAAGGGAAGCGACAUCGUUUUCGUUGGGCUUCAGCAAGCUGGAAAAACGACGCUGAUAUCGAAACUGCUGAAUUCGGAGAAGGAUUUUCUGACAGCCACGUCGAUCGGAGCAAACAUCGCCGCAUACAAACUCGAGGACUCCAAGACCAUCCAACUAAUCGACAUUCCCGGCGCCGACCGACUGCGAUACAACGCCAUUCAAAAGUUCAAGAGCUCCGUUCGCGGGAUCAUCUUGGUCAUCAACUCCGAAAAAGUGCAAAAAGAAAUUCGCGACGUCGCGGAGCUGCUUUUCAGCUUGUUGACAGACGAAAAGAUCAACUCGUUGAAGCCAAAGAUCUUGAUUGCUGCCAAUCAGCAGGACUGUCCUAUUGCCAAGUCCGGAGUAAAGAUUCAAGAGCUACUGGAGAAUGAACUUACCCUCGUUCGAAAAACACAAGGAGCGGCCCUUAGGGACACGAACGAUGAUGAGCGCGUCUCGGUUUACUUGGGAAAGAAAAACUCCGACAGUUUCAAGUUUGCUGAUUUGCCCAUGAAAGUUGAAGUACACGAAUGCUCUGGAAAAGAAGGAAAUCUAGACGCCGUCCGAAGUUGGAUUCAAUCUUGCGCUUAG